CUGCAUAUAUCAAGACCACUCUCCGGGUCAAACAGGGACCAUCCUGACAGCAGCCUUCAGUUUGCCAGAGAGCCUGCGGUGAAAGCAAGAGUUCAACUCAAUUCUGCUGGAUAUCAGGACAAAGCAACUCACAGCUACUGGACUGGCAAUGUGAAAAUAGAGUCUGCGCUCUUGUCUCAUGCUAACCACAGCCUAGGGGAGCAACAUCGAGCAAAACGUAAGAAGGGUCCGGCUCCGAAGAUGCUGGGGAAUGAAGUAUGUAGUGUGUGUGGAGACAAGGCUUCAGGCUUCCAUUACAAUGUGCUCAGCUGUGAGGGCUGCAAGGGUUUCUUCAGACGCAGUGUGAUCAAGAGUGCCCAAUAUUCCUGCAAGAACAAUGGAGAGUGCCAGAUGGAUAUGUACAUGCGCAGAAAGUGCCAACAGUGCCGACUACGCAAGUGUCGGCAGGCAGGGAUGUUGGAGCAAUGUGUCCUCUCAGAAGAACAGAUCCGCCUGAAGAAAAUGAAGAAGCUAGAGGAAGAGGUGACAAAAACUGUGAGGGUGACCUCAAGCCCGCUGUCCAGCUGGGGAAUACCAAGACUUGAUGUGGGCCAAAUUGAGAUGAUCAGAAAGCUGGUUGCUGCUCAACAACAGUGUAACAAGCGUUCAUUCAGUGACCGACUGAAAGUGACAUUUGCAGAUGAUAAGAAAAUUGGUGGAGUUGUGGAUUGUGAGGACGGAUUUCAAAGGAUGCAGCAGGAUGUAGCACAGCUUCAAAGUUACGUGGAGAAAUAG